UUUUCAAACCCCCCUUCAAUUAAAAUCCUCUCUCCUCCUCCACCUUCCGCAAUUCUCGCAUAAUUGAGCCCAAAACAAAAAACAAAACGAAAAAAAGGAAAGAGAAAGUAGAGAGAGAAAGAAACAUCACUGUACAAAGGCUUCUUUUUUCUCUGUUUAUAAAAGCUACAUUUUCUCCAGUCUGCACUGGCGAGAAAAAAAACUCGAAACCCAUCUCCCGUGACCGGUUUCUUGAUCUGGGUCGACCCGCAUUUGCCUUGAAACCCAACCAAUGUUUGUGGGUGCGUGAUCCUGACCCGUUUCGCUUCAUGGGUUGUGUGACCUCGAAGCAGGCGGUGUCGGUGACCCCGGCUCUCGACCACUCCGGGGCGUUCAGGGAAAGCGGGUCGGGUCGGAGCCGGGGGAGCGGGUUGGGGGAGGUGGUGGUGGUGGAGAAGAAGAAGAAGAGGAAUGAGUCGUCGGGGUUGAGUGGGAGCGAGUUGGGUGAGUCGGGGAGGGCGAGUUCGAAUGAGUAUAGUUGUGGUGGUGGUGAGUCUUUGAGCUUUAGGUUGGGGAAUUUGCAGAAGUACGUGGAGGGAGAGCAGGUGGCCGCCGGUUGGCCGGCCUGGCUGAGCGCCGUCGCCGGCGAAGCCAUUCACGGUUGGGUGCCCCUUAGUGCUGACUCUUUUGAAAAGCUGGAAAAGAUUGGACAGGGUACAUAUAGCAGCGUCUUCCGAGCACGUAAUUUAGACACUGGAAAGAUAGUUGCUCUGAAGAAGGUGCGGUUUGACAAUUUUGAGCCUGAAAGCGUUCGAUUUAUGGCACGGGAGAUAACGAUUCUACGCAAGCUUGAUCAUCCGAAUAUCAUAAAACUAGAGGGUUUAAUUGCCUCCCGGUUAUCAUGUAGCAUCUACCUUGUUUUUGAGUACAUGGAACAUGAUAUUGCUGGCCUCUUAUCUUGUCCUGACAUUGAGUUCAGUGAAGCACAGGUUAAAUGCUACAUGAAGCAGUUGUUAUCUGGACUUGAGCACUGCCACUCGCGAGGUGUAAUGCAUCGUGACAUUAAAGGUGCAAAUCUUCUGGUAAAUAAUGAAGGUGUUUUGAAGAUAGCUGAUUUUGGAUUGGCAAACUUCUGUAAUUCCGGCCCUUCUGGGGACAGGCAACCCCUAACCAGUCGAGUUGUAACUUUGUGGUACCGACCUCCAGAACUUCUGUUGGGUUCCACGGAUUAUGGAGCUUCUGUUGAUCUAUGGAGUGUUGGCUGUGUAUUUGCUGAACUUCUUGUUGAGAAACCCAUCCUUCAGGGAAGAACUGAGGUCGAACAAUUACACAAAAUUUUCAAGCUUUGUGGAUCACCUCCUGAGGACUACUGGAAAAAGUCGAAACUUCCUCAUGCGACUCUAUUCAAGCCCCAACAUCCUUACGAAUGCUCACUCUGGGAGACCUUCAAGGAUAUACCAAAACCUUCUGUGCAUCUGAUCAAAACUUUAUUAGCUGUGGAACCAUACAAGCGAGGGACUGCCUCUUCAGCGCUUGCAUCUGAGUAUUUCACUACAAAGCCUUGUGCAUCCGAUCCAUCAAGCCUGCCAAAAUAUCCACCAAGUAAAGAGAUUGAUGCAAAACAUCGCGAGGAUGCACAGAGGAAACGGCCUGGUGGGAGAGUCCGAGGACCUGAAACAAGAAAUAAGCACUCUAGAAGGCCAAAUGGACUCAAUAAAUUGGCACUAGCAGAGUCUUUGCCACCCAAAACUCAAGCUGUCUAUAAAGUUGAUGGUUGUAAAGUAUAUAAUUGUAAGGAAGGAGAUAUCAUCUUAGGGAUGGAGCCACCUAAGCCACCAACCAACUUAAAGGAAGAGACUUCCCACGUUAAAAAUGCAUCCCAAGGCGAUGUCCCGUAUUCAGGCCCAUUACAAGUUUCAGGGUCAAGUGGAUUUGCUUGGGCAAAAAGGCGAAUGGAUGAUUUAUCAGUGAGAUCACGAAGCAGGUCUAGUUCGAGAAGCCUUAUAUUUGAACCUUCCGGUGCAGUGCACGUGAAAACCAGUUUUGAGUCAAAACAGCUUGAAGAUGGUGAAGUUAUACAUGGGAGUCGUACCAAUUCUCGGGACGAAGAAUCGUAUGAUGUUGUUAAGAAUGCAAUGCUGAAACACUGGAGCCAGAUAGAGCGACCAGAUUCUUUUGAUGCUUCGGAUGGGUACCACUCACAAGAACUGUCGCUGGCACUUUAUCAAAGGGAGGAGAUGGCAGCUAAAAGAAUCAGCUUGGUUUGUCAGGGCCAAGGAGACAUGGUAGAAUUUUCCGGACCCUUGUUAUCUCAAUCGUAUAGAGUAGAUGAGCUCUUAGAGCGGCACGAGCGGCAGAUCCGCCAGGCAGUUCGGAAAUCAUGGUUCCAAAGAGGUCAGAAAAAUGGGAAGUAACCAGUAAUGAACUCCAUAAGAGGAGCAUGAUUAUCUUGAAAGUUCUCAAACAGAGUUGUCGAAUGCUAUACCUCCAUGAUCAAAUCAUCAGUUGGGUGAAAUCUCCAGCAUGUGGUGGUUGACCAAAGCUGAGAAAUGACAAUUGGAUGAACAAUGAUGACAUCACAAACCGCCUUGGAGAUUCCACGAAUAGGAAACCAAGAAAGCUCCUGGUUUUGGUAGCUCAUCCUUUUGCUUUUUGACUGGCGAAAGCAUUGAGUUUUCCAGGUUGCAAUUUGCAAUUCAACUUCUCUCUUUGUUUUUAUUCGUUUCUUCCCAGCUAUGCCGAAUCUACCCCAGCAGUGUACAUAUCUAUAGGGGUGUUUGCAAUGGCUUUUGAGCGGGUUAGAUUAUAGCUGGAGACUCUAUUUAAGAUUACUGAUUCUGAAUAUCAGCAAAAACUAGCGUUGUUUGUUGAAAAUCUGGUUCUAAAUAGCCGAAGUGUUUUUUGAUGGUUCAA